AUGACGAUGCAGCAGCUGCAGCUAGCUGUGGACCUGGCGCUGCGGCUAGCUAGCACGAUACCCCCUCAGCAGCAGCAGCAGCAGCAGCAGCAGCAGCAGCAGCAGCAGCACGAGCAGCAGCAAGAGCAGAUGCUGCUCCAACUACAGCAGCAGCAGAUGCAGCUGCAGAUGCAGCAGCAGAGGCAAAGGGAGGAAGAAGAAAUGCUGCUAAGACAGCGACAGCAGCAGGAGCAGCAGCAACAGCAGCAGCAGCAGCAGCUGCAGCAGCAGCAGCAGCAGCAGCAGCAAGAGCAGCAGCAGCAAAUUCCCCAGCUGACAAACGAAACGAUCCUGGGUGUGCUGCAGGCUAUCGCCUUGGCUCGGGGGUGGGACCCUCUGGAGCAGCAGCAGCAGCUGCUGCAGCAGGAACAGCAGCAGCAGCAGCAGCAGCAGCAGCAGGAGAGUCAGCAGCUGCCGCGUGCUGCAGCAGGAAUGAGGCAAGCUGAUGAAGCAGCAGCAACAGAUGCAGCAGCAACAGCAGCAAGCAUCAGCGAGCAGCUGCAACGCCUGACUCUGGAUUUCAUGCCCUCACGACCGCAGCAGCAGCAGCAGCAGCAGCAGCAACAGCAGCAGCCGCAGCAGCAGCAGCAUGAGAAACCUCAGCAGCAAAACUCCUUGUUGAGGAGAUCGGGCCUUCUCUUCCCAUCCAGCAGACAGCAGCAGCCGCUGCAGCAGCUGCAGCAGCUGCAGCAGCUGCAUCAACUGCAGCAGCAGCCUUUGCCGCAGCACCAGCUGCAGCAGCACCAGCAGCAGCAGCAGCAGCAGCAACAGCAGCAGCAGCGAAGCAACCGCCGCUUUGUCUCCUCUCAUAUGAGGGGCCCCGUUAGCGGCAACCAGUCGUACAUACGGCAGCAGCCCGGGAAAGAAGCAGCAAGACAGCUGCAGCAGCAGCUGCAGCAGCAACUGCAGCAGCAGCUGCAGCAGCAGCUACAGCAGCAGCUGCAGCAACAACUGCAGCAGCAACUGCAGCAACAACUGCAGCAGCAACUGCAGCAGCAAAUACACGACCAUGUGGAGAACACGCAGCAGACUGAGUCCUUCAUCAGGCCGCUUACCAGCAGCAGCAGCAGCAGCAGCAGCAGCAACAGCAGCAGCAGCAGCAACAGCAGCAGCAGCAACUUCUUAGGCUUUCAGGACAUCGAAAGAAGUAUAUUGCUGCUGCAGCAGCACCAGCUGCAGCUGCAGCAACAAGAGCAGCAAAGACCCCCCGCUCCAGCAGCAACAGCAGCAGCAGCAACAGCAGCAGCAGCAGCAGCAGCAGCAGGUUUUUUACAAGCAGCAGAAGUGCAGCAGCUGCAGCGGGAGGACAUCCGCUCGUGCAUACCUAAAGACGGAGGAGAACACGAGCAGCAGCAGCAGCAGCAGCAGCAGCAGCAGCAGCAGCAGCAGAGGCCUACACAGUUGAUUUCUAUCAGCAGCAGCACAGCCCCCCCGCCAUCUCGUGGGGGGCUGCAGCAGCAGUUUGGUUUUCGCAAGAGCAGCAGCAGCAGCAGCAGCAACAGCAGCAGCAGCAGCAACAGCAGCAGCAGCAACAGCAGCGGCGCUGCCCCUCAGUCUUACCAGCGGUCCUUCAUAGGCACCACAUUAAGCAGCAGCAGCAGCAGCAGCAGCAGCAACAGCAGCAGCAGCAACCGCACCACGUGCUCUGGUGUUAUAUACCAGCAGCAGCAGAAAUUGCUGUUCUACCAGCAGCAGCAGCAGCAGCAGCAGCACCCGCACCCCCAGCAGCAGCCGCAGCAGCAGCAGCAGCAGCAGCAGCAGCUGGUGCUGCCCCGCAGUGCAGCAGAAGCAGCAGCAGCAGACCCCUCCCCCCAAAUAACAACCUGCUCACAAACCCCCCUGACAGCACGCACGCUGUCUCCAGUGCAGCCGCAGCAGCAGCAGCAGCAGCAGCAGCAGCAGCAGCAGCAGGCACUGCAGCAGCCGCAGCAGCAGCAACAGGCAGGUUACCCUCUACCACUAGCUGCAGCACUCUUCGAUGCAGAUGGAGACAGCAGCAAAGACAAAGUCUCUAGACAGUCUGCUGCUGCAGCUGGCUGA